GAAUGGUACAAACAAAAUAUUUCUAUUGUCAGAUUAAUGCUAAACAAGAAUAUCUACAAAGCUAUUCAAUGGACCAAAAAACUUAAGUUUUGAAUUGUCAUAUAUUAAAAAGAAUGUCUUCGUUUAAACAUUUUAGGUGGUUUCAAUGUUACAUCAUACGAUACUUUGUGUUUUUAUUAUUGGCUUACAAUAUAUAUAUCAUACUUAAGCUACUAAAUUCUAAAACUGAUACUAAACAAACUUUUGCAAAUGAAGAACCAAUGAAUAAAUCGUAUUUCCAUUUCUUAAUAACAAAUGGUCGUUGGGACAGCAAGCGUAUGAUUAAAACAUUUGAUAAUGUGUUGUUAGCAGAACACAAACAAGAUGGAAUGAUAUGCUUAGCUACACAAAGUUCUUUUGACAGAUUAUUUAAUAUUGUAGAGUUGGCAGGAAAUUGGAAUGGCCCAAUAUCCAUGGCUGUUUAUGCAGCUGGUGAUGAACUGUUCUAUUUGCAAGACUAUGUAAAAUUUCUACGCCGUUGUUAUAAAACAAUCCUUCACACAGUAACAUUUCAUCUGGCUUUACCAGCUAAUAAAUUACCUGAAUAUUCAUUGUCAGGUCAUUCGACUGAUACAUUUUCAUGCCACCAGAAUCCUAAAGAAGUAUUGUUGGCUUUAAUAGAGAACCUGCCAGAAAAUUUAAAACGUUGGAGAACUCGCAUGCCUUAUCCUCAAAAUCACUUGAGAAAUCUUGCACGAUUCAAUUGUCAAACACAUUAUUCAUUUGUCACUGAUAUUGACAUUAUACCUAGUUUUAAUUCGGCAAGAGUGCUCAAUGAAUUCCUAUAUGCACGACCGAAAUGCUUGAAAUGUGUAUAUAUCUUGCCUACUUAUGAAGUCCAUCAAUCGGCUAAAUCCCCAAAUGAUUUUACACAAUUAAUGAAACUAAAAAAUAUUGGAUUAGCUAGGUACUUCCACAAAGAAGUGUUCGAGUUGAAUCAGUUGCCCACAAACUUUGAUCGAUUUGAAAAAAUGUCUUUGAUAAAUCACAAUGUUCGUGUGAGCCAUACAGUGUCUAAAUACCAGUUAUAUUAUGAACCAUUUUAUGUAUCACUUAAUAAUGUUCCUAGCUACGAAGAAAGGUUUAUUGGCUAUGGAUAUACAAGAAAUUCCCAAGUUUAUGAAAUGUUUGCGGCAAAAUAUCAGUUUGAUGUCCUUACGAACAUUUUUACAUACCAACACUCCUUUGCAUCACUCAAAAAAAGGUCUUACUACCGUCAAUUUCAAUAUGCAGAAAAUUUAGCUCUCUUCUCAAAGUUCAAAAAAGAAAUUUCAACAAGAUAUUCAUAAAUUCUUGGCUUAUACAAUUACUUAACAAUUUUUUUUAAUACAUGAGUUUAAUAAUUACAAGUACCAUUUUUUAACCAUUUUAAGUUGUAUCAAAAACGUUUUACUAAUUUAAAGUAAUCAUAAUAGUGGACAAUACACAUAAAUGUGUUCAUUUAAUUUCUUGCCCCGUUUCUAUUUUGUAUUUGAUUUGUUAUAAUAUAAUAUAAUUAACAUAAAAGCAUAUUCUAAAUUUAAUAAUAAGAUGAAUGUGUAUUUAGAAAAUAUAUUACUUUUCAUAAAUUAUUAAGCAAUUGAAUCAAAUUUAUAAAUAAAACAUUUGUAAAUAAGUUAUCAGAGA